AAGGAGCAGAUAAUCAAACCACGCACACAAACAGGAGCCUCCCUGUCAGAACACAGCCAUGUGUGUGGUGAUAGGGCCCCGAAUGGCCCUCUGACACUGAUAAAGCUGAGUGUGCCUGAGUCGAGUGCACUCUCUCCUGACAAACCAACUCUGGAGUAGGUUAGCCGGCUGGCUGGAAUGGCUUUCGUACUCUUCAGGAAAGCAGACACAGCGACCAGUUUCCUCAGGACUGCACGAUCUGGGAACUUGGACAAACUACUCGACUACUUGAAGAAUGGGGCUGAGAUCAACACGUGUAACCAGAACGGGCUCAAUGGCCUCCACUUGGCUUCUAAGGAAGGGCACGUCAAGGUGGUGUCCGAGCUGCUGCACAACGGCAUCGCCCUGGAGGCCGUGACAAAGAAAGGGAACACAGCCCUGCACAUUGCAGCUCUGGCUGGACAGGAACAGGUCGUGAAGGAAUUGGUCAACUAUGGGGCAAACAUCAAUGCUCAGUCCCAGAAAGGAUUCACUCCACUUUACAUGGCUGCUCAGGAAAACCACCUGGAAGUUGUUAAGUUUUUGCUUGAAAAUGGUGCCAACCAAAAUGUUGCAACAGAGGAUGGGUUUACACCAUUGGCUGUCGCACUGCAGCAGGGACAUGAGAAUGUGGUGGCAGUCCUGAUCAGUUAUGGGACAAAAGGGAAGGUGUGUCUCCCUGCUUUGCACAUUGCAGCUCGGAAUGAUGAUACUCGGACAGCAGCGGUACUCCUGCAGAAUGACUCCAACCCUGAUGUAUUGUCAAAGACUGGCUUCACUCCGCUCCACAUCGCUGCACACUACGAGAACCUAAAUGUAGCUCACAUGCUGCUUACACGAGGAGCCAAUGUCAACUUCACACCCAAGAAUGGAAUCACUGCGCUGCACAUUGCCUCCAGAAGAGGGAAUAUCAAUAUGGUCAGGUUCUUAUUGGAUCGGGAAGCGCAGAUUGACGCGCGGACAAAGGAUGAACUGACACCAUUACACUGUGCUGCUAGAAAUGGACAUGUCCGGAUAGCUGAGAUCCUGUUGGAUCGCAACGCUCCAAUUAUGGCAAAAACCAAGAAUGGCCUAUCUCCCAUCCACAUGGCAGCGCAGGGUGACCACUUAGACUGUGUCCGACUCCUGCUUCAGUACAAAGCUGAAAUCGAUGAUGUGACGCUUGAUAACCUCACCCCACUGCAUGUGGCUGCUCACUGUGGACACCACAAAGUGGCCAGGGUCCUUCUGGACAAAGGAGCAAAGGCCAGCGCCAGAGCAUUGAAUGGGUUCACUCCAUUACAUAUUGCCUGCAAGAAGAAUCACAUCAGAGUGAUGGAUCUACUCUUAAAACAUGGAGCCUCACUGGAGGCUGUCACUGAGUCAGGGCUGACACCCCUGCAUGUUGCUGCCUUCAUGGGAAACCUCAAUAUAGUCACCAAGUUGCUGCAGCAUGGAGCAUCCCCCAAUGUAUCCAGCGUGAAAGUAGAGACUCCGCUGCACAUGGCAGCCCGAGCUGGGCAGACGGAGGUGGCACGCUUUUUACUCCAAAACAAGGCCCAAGUUGAUGCCAAAGCCAAAGAUGAUCAGACUCCCCUGCACUGUGCAGCUCGCCUCGGGGACUUGGAGGUUACCAAGCUCUUGCUGGAGAAUGGAGCGUGCCCCAAGUCAGCAACCACGACAGGCCACACCCCACUGCACAUCUGUUCACGGGAGGGACAUACCGAAGUAGCAAAGGCCCUGCUGGACCACGGGGCUUCACAAACUCUGAUGACAAAGAAAGGGUUCACCCCACUCCAUGUCGCUGCGAAAUAUGGCAAAAUCCAAGUGAUGGAACUGCUGCUUCAGCGAGGAGGCCAGCAGAGUGCUGCAGGAGAGAAUGGACUGACCCCUCUCCAUGUUGCCGUUCACCAUGACCACCAUGACAUUGUGAAACUGCUGCUCAGUCAAAACGCAUCUCCACACGCUGCGGCUCGGAAUGGCUACACACCGUUACACAUUGCUGCCAAACAGAACCAGAUGGAGAUUGCCAAAAGCCUGCUAGAGCACGGAGCCUCUGCCAACACUGAGUCCUUCCAGGGAGUGACCCCCUUGCACCUCGCAGCCCAGGAAGGCCACAUUGACAUGGUGGCCUUACUCCUUGAGCAUGAAGCUAAUGUCAACCUGACCAGUAAGAAUGGCCUGACACCAUUACAUCUUGUGGCGCAGGAAGACCACGUCCCCAUAGCUGAAUUACUUGUCAAUCACGGAGCAUCAGUCGAACCAACAACGAGGAGUGGAUACACCCCACUGCACAUGGCCUGUCACCAUGGCAACAUAAACAUGGUGAAGUUUCUCAUCCAGAACAAAGCCAAUGUCAACUCCAAAACCAAGAUCGGAUACACACCCCUACACCAGGCUGCACAGCAAGGUCACACGGAUAUUGUGAAUCUCCUGCUAAAACACGGAGCGUCUCCAAACGAAACCAAUAUGAACGGCAGCACUGCGCUAGCUAUUGCAAAGAGACUCGGCUACAUCUCAGUAACGGACGUCUUAAAGAUUGUCACGAAUGAAGCCAUCAGCACGACCAUCACAGAGAAGCACAGGCUGAGCUUUCCUGAAACUGUGGAUGAAAUCUUAGACGUCUCGGAGGAUGAAGGGGAAGAUGCACCUGCAGAUAAAUACCUGAAAAUGGAUGACUCGAAGGAGCACGAAGAUGACUUCCUGUCUGCAAAGAAGGCUGCUGACUUUGACGUGUCCAGCUCUCCCGCUAUACACAGAAUGUCAUUUGCUGCCCCAGAAAUCGACACUGCAAAGGACCAAGUUCCAGUCCAAGCACAGCAGCAGCAGCAACAAUAUUCCAUCUCCGUGUCCAAGGACGUUGACGAAGAUUCCUUCACACCCAGCAGCCCGGCAACAGAGACAUCUGAUAACAUCAGCCCAAUCGCCAGCCCCAUCCACACAGGUGAAAUCAGCAGUCCAGCUUCUGAAAAGUACGACAGUACGAGUUCUCUGGACAGUCCCAUUGACAGCACUGUCCUUCCUGGCAUGUCCCCCAGCAGUCCAGCUGUGGAAACAACCCAUAAUAUCACUCCUGUUGCCAAACCUGUCCGGGCUGGAUUCCUGGUGAGUUUCAUGGUUGAUGCCCGAGGAGGCUCGAUGCGAGGAAGCCGACACAAUGGAAUGCGAGUGAUCAUCCCCCCUCGGACGUGCAAUGCUCCAACGCGCAUCACCUGCCGGCUGGUUAAGUCUCAGAAACCGGUCAGCCCUCCCCCACUGGUGGAAGGAGAGGGCCUGGGAAGCCGGGUGAUAUCUCUGGGACCAGCUGGGACCCAAUUCCUGGGGCCGGUUAUUGUGGAAAUUCCACAUUUUGCCUCAAUGGAACAUCCAGACCGGGAGAUCGUGGUCCUGCGCAGCGAGAAUGGAUCAACAUGGAAAGACCACCGAAAUCGUUAUGGGAUGGAGCAGCUGGAAGAGCUGCUGAAUGGAAUGGAUGAAGACCUUGACUGCCCCGAGGAGCUGGUCAGGAAGAGAAUCUGUCGCAUUGUCUCCAUGGACUUCCCACUCUAUUUUGCUGUGGUCUCGCGUAUCAAGCAAGACACUGCAUGGAUCGGCCCAGAAGGGGGUGUAGUGAACAGCACACUUGUCCCAAAGGUGCAGACAACCUUCCCUGCAUCUGCAGUGAUCAAGAAAGUCCGACUGGGCCUUCAGGCACAGCCUAUCCCUGAUGAGUUGGUGACAAAGUUACUGGGCAACCAAGCAACCUUCAGUCCGAUUGUCACUGUGGAGCCCAGGAGGAGGAAGUUCCACAUCCCGAUAGGCAUUAGGAUUCCAUUGCCUCCAUCUUGGAGGAACAAUCCACGGGACACCAGUGAAGGAGAUGCGACCAGCCUCCGGCUGCUGUGCAGUGUUAUCGGAGGAACUGGCAGUGCUCAAUGGGAAGAUAUCACAGGAACGACCAAACUAACCCACGCAAACGACUGUGCAAACUUUACCACCAAUGUAUCCGCAAGGUUCUGGCUGGCUGACUGCCCCCGAACAGCAGAAGCGGUGAACUUUGCCACUCAGCUCUACAAUGAGUUGAUGGCUGUGCCUUACAUGGCCAAGUUUGUUGUGUUUGCCAAGAUGCACGAUGGGAGAGAUGGCCGGCUACGAUGUUACUGCAUGAGCGACGACAAGGUGGACAAGACCCUGGAGCAACAUGAGAACUUCACAGAGGUGGCAAGAAGCCGAGAUAUUGAGGUCCUGGAGGGAAUGCCGUUGUACGUGGAAUGUUCCGGCAACAUUGUGCCCGUGAGAAAAACAGGGCAGCAGCGCUGCUUUAAUUUCCAUUCCUUUAAGGAAAAUCGCCUUCCCAUUGCCAUAAAGGUGAGAGAUCUCAACAAAGACCAUACUGCUCACAUUUCCUUUCUCCGUAAGCCAACUAAAUACGAAGAUCUACAACAAAUCAUCUGUAACCUGAAUAUCACCAUGCCUCCUUGCACAAAGGUGGACAGCAGUGAUGAACGGCGGAGGAACCUGACUCCACUCGCUCUGCGUGAACGAUACAGUACACCGAAUGAGCCAGCAAUGGCUUCCCUGAGUGCUCGAGAGCGUGCAGAAAUGAAGAUGUCUCUGAUUGCUGAGCAACUUGGCCUAAGCUGGGCUGAGUUGGCAAGAGAGCUACAAUUCUCCGUCGAUGACAUCAACAAGAUCCGGGUGGAAAAUCCCAACUCGUUGCUGGAGCAGAGUGCGGCACUUCUCAAUCUGUGGACCAGCCAUGAGGGAAAGAGGGCCAAAAUGGAAAGUUUGCAUUCAGCUCUGAAGAAUAUUGACAGAAAUGACAUAGUGAGCAUGCUGGAGGGAUCCAAUCUAAACAGCCAAACUCUGAAAGAGAACAAAAGACAUAUGGAAACAGAUCACAGCUUGUCUCCUGCCGUAAAUGGUUUCACCCCAGUGCAGGAUGAGAUGCUUUCACCUGCUUCGCUUCACUACAUGAUGCCACCUCCACUGCAAGCUGACCAGUUCUGGAACGAUGUCACCAGCCUGGAUGGUAUCCCCAUAGCACACACUGACAGCCAUUCCCUGAUGGAGAUAUCAGAUGUCAAUGUUUGGUCAUCGGGUGACAUGCCACCUCUAGUUAUAGCAGAAGACUCCUCACUGGACUAUAGCAAAGCUGAUGAAUCUCUUCCAGUUGAAGGAUUGAGUUCCUUAAAUCUCACUGAGGAGGACACAGUGGAUUCGGAAGCCUUCAAUGGCCUGGUAGAUUUGCUCGACCAUGAAGGAGCUCAGAGGUCAGAGAGCAAAGCUGAGAUGACAGAAGGAGAGAGUCCAGCCAAACUGGCUGAGGAUCUGAAUACAGAGAAUGGCAUUUCUGUUGUUGCAGGUCAACCAAAGGCACACGAUAGAUGGACAGGAUCACCAAUCUUGAGAAAAGGGAGCAUAGAUUCCAAGUGGCCAGACCAGAAUGUAGACAGGUCUCAAAUGUUAUCUCACAGUUCCAUUGUGUCAUAUCAAACAGUCCAUGAGGAGAGAAGCAGGGUCCCUGAGUUUGAAGGGGCCUCAGGAAUACCCUCAAUCGCUGAGUCCUGGAAGCCAAGCUUUGUCAUUUCACAGAAGGAGGCUUGGGCUGAGAUACUUGAACAAAGGCCAACAGAGAAUUUGCCUCCCAUUGCAAAGCUGGAGUCGAGCAGACUGAGAGUGACUGAGGAGAAACUAGUGCAACCAGUGGAAGACAAAGCACAGCUGAAGUCCCUGCGCUACUUUGACCUGAAAGAUCUGGAGAACCCCCUUUGUUUAUCGUCAGCAGGUACAGCACAGUUUCACCAUGGCACAGACCCAAGGAGCAGCUGGAUAACUGUGGAAGAGGAAGUAGUAAAUUCAAGUGAGGAGGAGGUAGACAAGCAGCUCGGAGAGAGUGAGACCAGCUCCGAUGACGAGGAGAUUGUCACCACCAGGGUCAUUCGGCGGAGGCUUAUUGUCAAGGGGGAAGAAGCAAAGAACAUUCCGGGAGAAUCGGUGACGGAAGAGCAGUUCACAGAUGAAGAUGGGAACCUCGUCACUAAGAAAAUUGUUCGAAAGGUUGUUCGAAGGAUUGGCCCCGCUGAAGGCAAGGAGGAGACAGUAGAGAUAUUACACCAAGAACCAUCUGGAUCAGAAAACCAGGCAGAUAACUUCACAAUGUACAGUGUGUUAACGAGAGACGCCACAAACAGUAAGCUGGGAGAAGGGGAUAGUGCCUUUUACAAUGAGUGGACUCAUGGUCGAAUGGGCGCAAAGAUUGUGAAGAGAAUCAGCUCGUUUAUGAAUACGCCAAAGCAAUGAAUUAGGGAUGAUUACAGAAAGGGUACUGUAUUUACAACACAGCCUUGAGAGCAGGAAGCCGAGGAUCUGGGGCUGUGAGAGAAACGGACUUUACAUUAGGCUACAGGCAUGAUUUCUAUAAGAGAGUUACUAUUAUCAAUUAGCAUGAUUGACUGCCAAAGCAUGUACUCUAUUGUACCGCCUAAAAGACUGAAUGAUUACUAUUGAAGCAGAGCUGGGAGGUACCCUUUCAGUGGAAUAAGGAGGACACCCCAGAAUGAGGGCUGCUGCAUCAAAACAGCAAUAUCAAAAAAAACAUUCAGUCACUUUAACCGCUCACAUUUUUUAAUUGGGUUUGAACUAGCGUCUUGGAGUUUUCAAUACAGUUGUUUUGUUGUCUAUGGUUAACUUAAAUACUAUGCAAAAACAGCAAUGCACAGCAAUAUAAUUCAACAACUGCCGGGUUAGCUACCAGAGCAGCUGUCUAAAAGACUACUUCAGUUUGCAUCAAAUGCUUUUUUUUAAAAUGAGACUAGAUCAGCGAUAAACCUUUGAGCACUGACUAUGCUUUGCAGCUUUUAAAUUCUGCUCCUCUGUUUUUUUCCUAAAGGAUUUUGUGUUAAGAUUUAUGUAUGGUUUGAAUGUCACCCUGCUACAUUAUUAAUUAACCAGAGGGCUGCUCCCUAUGUUCUCUACACUUAAGACUAAAGAACCACCUUGUUGGUUCCUGCGAACCCUUCAAGUUAAGGGGUCCCACUGCUGGAUAUUGAACCAGACAGUGUCAGUUUUUGGACAGAAAUCUCCAAAAUGUAAACCAAACAUGAGAGGGGUUAAUGUCCUCUGUUUGUGCCACUGUGUAAACUUCCUGGGGUGUCACUUCCUUUCGGAACGAGUGGGUUAACAACUCCACCAGAGGAAUGCAGAAAGACGUCGAGCUCCAACCCUUCAACUGGCUGUCGUUAGACCUCAAAGUCUGCUUCUUAAAAUGAAAGAAAGCCCCUUUUCCCAUUUCAAGCAGUCACACCCCAUGCUUGAGGGUUUCAAUGAAUGUCCUUCAGCGGCACAGUAAGCUGCUGAACUCAAACGAUGACACCUUCUCUCGCAGAGGGCCACCACCCCAUGAUCCCUUCCGAAUGUGUGCCUGAUUCAUUUCCCGCUGUGUUCAGGCGAUCUACAGACAUGGCCCGCGCCCACUGCACACUCUGCACAGAAUAUCCUGGCAAGAUUCAAGCCCGCACUCACGUAAUAAACCACAGUGACUCCGGGAAUCCAUUCUUUGAAUGUGGGGGCGCUGGGAAAGGCCAGCGUUUAUUAACCAUCCCUGGUAGCCCUGCUACUUGAGAGAACAGUUAAGAGUCAACCAUGUUGGUGUGGGACUGGAUGGAGUUCCUCGUAGCCAGGCUGGUUAGGUACAUAAGUGAACCAGUUGGGUUUUUAUUUACAGAAGUCGAAGGGCUUUUCAUGGUCACUUUGACUGAUACCAGCUUUUCGCUUCCAGAUUCGGUAAAACUGGAUUUAGUAUGUUGGACAUGGCCACAGCUUCUCAGGACUAUUGACCCAUUCUUGUUGCUAGGGUGAGAACAAAUGCUGAAUUUCCCAGGAAUUUUGCACUGCUAGAUUCUGCUUUUGUCCAAUGAGUUGGAAUCUCCUCGCUCUCCCUUCUCGGCUUACUUUGCUUUCUUGUGUGACCUUUAUGUGCAGCUCCCUUUAAAGGGAAAGUUUUAAAAGGUGCAGCAUUUCACUUCACAAGGGGUAAAAUGUAACUCAGGUGUUCUGGAUGCUAAAAGUCAACAAUGGGCUGAACACAGGGAGAGAGAAAUUUGACUUUGGGAAAUAGGGGAAAAGAGGGCGGUGUUGGACCGACCAUGUCACAAUCCUCUCCCAGUAGGAGUGAACAGGGUGAGAGAUGGCAAACAGGCUGUUAGAGGCAGGAUCAAAAUGAACGCACAGCCUAUUUGUCUAACUGAGCAAUGUGGUGUAAAGGUGAAGCUGGACUGGUUAUUUUGGCGCACGUGCUCAGUACUCGGGGGAUUAAUAUGCUUGCAAUUGUGUGUGCUGUGUGGCAGCCAUUACACACUCAAUAAACACACCGGAUUAGA